GGUCCCUUCCAGGAAAUGCCGUGCAAUGUGUAAGCUGGCGGUUUAAGUUCAGCCGGAGAAUCAAACAUCUUUGGUUCAGUCUAUUAUUUAAUGCACGGUUCAGUUCAAACAUAACUAACCGACUGAAAAACAGCAAAACAUUUCUUUAAAAAAAAAAAAAGUCAGACUGCUGCAGGAAAUAGAAGUGUGUUGAGAAAGAGCUAAACUAAAUAACUGUUCCUGUUGUUGGUCCGAGCCACCAUGCUCGGCUGCCUCAGUCUGUGUGCGCUCAUCAGCCUGGUCAGUCUCCUGACAGUCGCUGCUUACAUGUUAUACUCGGGUUUGCUCUCAGGCAUCACCAUAUUCACUGGCUCUCCUCCCAUAAAGAAGAUCACAUUCGCCUACAAAUUCACAGAGCAACCGUACAGAAACCGUGGACAACUUUUUAGGGAGUCCUUAAAAAUUGGACCAAAGCUGGCGUGUAUCGGUGUUUAUUAUGAUGCCCCUAAUAAGGUGCCAGGAUCACAAUGCCGCUAUGCUGUGGGCAGCAUUCUGAGCGAGGGAGAAAACAAGGCAGACGAGGAGCUUCUGAAGAGCUAUGAGACAUCGGGCUUUAAUAUCUUUUCCUUUCCCGAAGUCACACACGUGGUCACUACCUCGUUCCCCUGCAGGACGCUUUUCUCUAUCCGUCUGAUAGUAAUGAGAGUUUACCCACGGCUAGAGAACUACAUCAAGAAAAAGGAUCUGUGCGCGCAUCCGACUCUUGAGAUCUACAGAGAAGGUCAGAUCCAGUUCAUGGUGCCCUUGGCUCGACAGGGAGAUUUCUAUGUGCCUGAAAUCAGAAAAGUAGAAAGGAGGCUGUCAGAACAAGAGGAAUCACACAGUGACACAGACAUCUCAGGUGCAGACUCGAACAGUGAAUACAGCUCAGGGAGUGGGGUUCUCUUGUCAGACAGCAGAGAGUCGUCCCCGGCGGCGUCACCGGACCGCUCUGCGCCUCUCCAGGAUCAAGGGGAUAGAAACUACAGACGGAGAGACUCAAGGGGAACCUCAUUUAGGGAGUUGGACUGGGAGCAGCCUGGUGGACAGCAGGCAGAGAGAGAGGAUUGGUUUCAUGGAGACUCCAAUCAGAAGAGCCUAGAGGCUCCCACUCAGGAGAGGUGGUGGGGUGUCGUUGGAGGAGAGGAGUAAGCGUUAAAAGUGAGACAUAGUGAGGAUGAGCGUAUAAAGAAAUGAAAUGGAAGUACAGAUUAUACAAGCAUGUCUCACUAUGAGUUUUUAUGAAAAGGUAAUAUUCUAUAUUUUUGUUAUUGUGAGCAAAUCCAAUGAAAAAAACAAAACUUACAAUUUCUCAAUACUUUCAGAUUUCCCUGCUAUUAUUUCCAAAAGAAGUGUUUAAUCUAAUAUAUAGCGUAAGCUAAAAAAAAAGAAAAGAAAAAGGGUCAAAUAAUUUCCUUAAACAGCUGGCCGCUGUGUUUUUCAGCAAAUAUUUCUCAAACAAUAGCAACAAAACAGUGCAUUUGUCGAGGACCACUUCGCACGCUCUACAUGCUGCAUGCUCCAGUGAGCAUUUGCAGCAGCAGGAUGGAUGAACUCUGAAUAAACUACAGUGCCGCUGUUCAUUGUAAUGCAGCAGUGUUUCAGUAGGUUUGUUGAUAAUGAGAAAAAUCUAGAAUAAAACCAGACUUUUUUUAUUUUAUUUUUAUUUUUUAUCAGUUUUAAAGUGAAAGUACUGAAAUCUGACAGAUUUUCUCACAGAAAACAAUCUGCAGAACCCGUUCAGGUAGUCUGAAUUUCUUGAAACAUUUUUAUACAAGUGAGUUGUUUGUCAAAAUGAUGAAAGAUGACUGUAUGAGUAUUUGUCAGCCAAAGCAUUUUACUUGAAUGUAUUUUAUAUCUUCGGUUCAAAUAUUGUUGUAAGUUUGAUAGUUUUUGCUGUACUGAAUCAAUUUUGAUAUGCAAACAUAACAGGGGAGUCUGUUCAUGAUUCAUUUGUUUACAAAGGGCCCUCAUUUCGUUCAUUAAUAGCUGACAUAGGGCACUGAAAUUAGUAUAAGCACAUUGACCUCACCUGAAGUGAUCUAAACUGUGUUUUUUAUGGUUGUUUUUUUUAAUGCCUGGUGUUGUGUAUUUUACCAAGGCUGUGUGUUGGGUGUAGUUUGUGAUGCACAUGUCUUAAUGUUACUUCCUUUCCAAAGAGAAAGGUGUGAAUGAGUGCAUAAUUACCUCCUUCCUGUACUCCUCCCAAGCACCUCUGAGAUUGAGGACAUGAUUAUGGGGAGUGGGCAGCCUGCUGUCGUGAUCAGUCAAGGAGAAAGAUGACAAGACAAGUGGGCUGACCAUUAAUAUUCAUUUCACUAUCACUGAAGGCAAAGCUCGUUGACUCUACCUUGUAUUUACAGUCACUCUACAUCGUGCCUCACAUCCUCAAAUUAUCCUCACAUUCGUUCGCAGCCCCUUCAUUUUCUGUUUAGCCGUGAUAUUCUGUUAUUUUACUUUCUCGACCCUUCUCCCGUCUGCCAUCUCUUUGCACAGGCUAAUUUCUGUUUGCUUUUUUUUCCUCCCCUUUUGUUAUUUUUCUCUCGUCUCCCGCUGAAAUAAAUAUGGCAGCUGAGGCCUGAAAGACCA